AGCCGUGGUCAGGAUCGCCACGCUGUACCUAACAUGUAGGAUGUGUCGCCUCACUGCCACUUUAACCUGCUUUUAUGGAUCCAAACCAAAAACUAAAGAUGCUUUUCUAGCUGAGCAGCUGUGGAAGUAAAGAGAGACGAUGCUAAACGCCUCACAAGCUUCUUUCUUCUCUCUCGCUGCUUAUCUUGACUCUGGACUGUUCAGAUAUUUGUGCUUCCUCGUUGUCGUGUGUCUGUACGUUCUGAUCCUUGGUUGUAACGUUCUGCUCAUCGUGGUGAUCUGUGUGAACAGGACUCUACAUGAACCCAUGUACAUGUUUCUGUGCAGCCUGUUUGUGAAUGAGCUGUAUGGAAGUGCAGGCUUGUUUCCCUCCCUGCUGAUUCAGACUCUCUCUGACCUUCACACCAUUUCUGCUCCUCUCUGUCUCCUGCAGGUUUUUAUUGUUCACUCGUACGGGGCUGUAGAGUUUUUAAGCCUGGCCGUCAUGUCGUACGACAGGUACCUGGCUAUCUGCCACCCUCUGCAGUACAACAGCAAGAUGACAACAACAAAGAUCUUCUGGCUCAUUGCUGUGAGCUGGUUGUAUCCCAGUUGUGCGAUGUUUGUCUCGUUGUCUCUGAUUUCCCCUUUGAAGCUUUGUGGGAACAGCAUCAACAAGGUCUACUGUGACAUGCACUCUGUGGUCAAACUGGCCUGUUCAGACACCGCUCUGAUCAACAUUUAUGGCCUCUGUGCUACUUUCAGCACGAUCGCUGCUGCUUUACUUAUAAAUCUUUACACCUACACUAAGAUUUUUGUUGUGUGUUUUUCUGGAUCCAGUCAGACUCGACAGAGAGCCGUCAGCACCUGCACGCCUCACCUGGCCUCCAUUUUGAACGUUUCUUUUGGUUGCAGCUUUGAGGUUUCUCAGAGCAGGUUCAACAUGAGCUUCCUGCCCAACGUCCUGCGUAUUUUUCUCUCGUUGUACUUCCUAACGGUCCAGCCUCUCUUUAAUUCUGUGCUGUACGGCCUGAAAAUGUCAAAAAUUAAGAACGCUUGUCACAACCUGAUUCUGAAUGUAAAAACAAAACAUGAAUCUGACUAGUGUGCUUUUUCAUCAACAACAUCUUAAAUGAAUCUGUAUUGAUUUAUAGUAGCAAUAAAACACACUGAGGCAGAUUUUUAUCAGUUUAAACUUUGACUUAAGGAACAGUGUUAUUGUAUUUAUUAUAAAAGUCAUACCGAUCCCAAGACAGCUGUCAUACCACAUAGUCAUGGUGAAGUAGAUGCCCUCGAUCCCAGCUCUGUAGAUGUUCCUUAGUUGCUAAAGGGAUAGUUUUCCCAUCUUAAGUUUUUUGUGGAAGAAGUGUCUUUAGAGGGCCUUCUGUAACCAAAAAGCAAAAUUCAGAAGUUCAGUAAAUCGAACAAAUCUAGCGGCAAACACGGAGCAUUGAAGAAUGUCUUAAUACACCUGUGAUUGAAGGAAUAAAAAGAUAUGCAGCAAAAAAUUUAUUCGUGUCAGGAAAUUAUGGGAAAUGUGAGUUUAGAGGUGGUGACUGGACGGAAGGGCGGAGGACAAAUUUGUCUGCGUCAAAAAGUCUCUGAAAUCCAUGCCUAAUAGGACAGCUCCAGGUCCAGACGGGUUUCCAGCAGAGCUCUACAAAGAGUUCUGGAUCAUUCUGGCUAUAACAUUCGUCAGAAUGGUGAGGGAAAUCGAAGAGAGUGGCAGAUUACAGCCGAACAUGAAUUCAGCCAAUAUUAGUCUCUUGUUAAAACCAGGCAAAGACCCUGCAUUUCCUACCAGCUAUCGCCCAAUUUCUCUUAUUAAUGUUGAUCUCAAAAUAAUUUGUAAAGCCCUGGCAAAAAGAUUAGAGAAGGUAACCCCCUUCAUAAUACACCCUGACCAAACUGGUUUCAUUAAGGGUAGACAGUCAUCCACUAACUCACGUAGAUUACUUAAUUUGAUAGAUUUCUCUUACAGUAGAAACAUAGAAACUAGUAUAUUAUCUCUAGAUGCAGAAAAGGCUUUUGAUAGAGCUAACUGGAAGUUCUUAUUUGCAACUUUACAUAAAUUUGGUUUUGGGAACUUCUUCAUAAACUGGUUAGAAACAUUAUACAGUUCACCAACUGCACGUGUCAGGACGAACGACCAAAUAUCAGCUAGCUUCUGACUUCAGAGGGGGACCAGGCGGGGAUGCCCACUCUCCCCCUCACUAUUUGCUAUCUUUAUCAAACCACUAGCAGCAGUAAUUAGGCAAACAACAGGUAUUAAAGGCAUAAAGUGUAAGAAAAUAGAACAUAAGAUCAGUCUUUAUGCAGAUGAUGUUUUACUCU